AAAGUCUGGAUAAAGCCUGGAGCAGAGCAGUCCUUCCUGUAUGGGAACCAUGUGUUGAAAUCUGGACUGGGUCGAAUCACUGAAAAUACCUGUCAGUACCAGGGAGUGGUGGUCUACUCCAUGGCAGACGUCCCUUUGGGUUUUGGGGUGGCAGCAAAGUCUACACAAGACUGCAGGAAAGUAGACCCCAUGGCGAUUGUGGUAUUUCAUCAAGCAGACAUUGGGGAAUAUGUGCGGCAUGAAGAGACAUUGACUUAAAACGAAAUCAUCGCAAGGACUUGUGGCUGUGUGGAAGGGCCUAGCUUUGUUU